GAAGAGAAAUUUAUUUUUAAAAUUAAAAAAAAAAAAUUCUUCACGUGGUAUCCCCAAUUUACCCUUGAACUUCUUCCUGAAUUCCCCAAUCCCCCGCCACGGCUACCUAUUACCUCUUCCAACCGCACGCUUGCCGAUAAGGCAAUAAUAAGGCAGCCAAAGCCUUUUGAAGAAAACUCUCAGAGGCCGAAAUCAAACACUUUCUCCUUGGGGAAAAAUGGCUUGCGUUCCAAUGGCUACGUUUACAUCUUGUCGAAGCAAUUUCAGUGUCCCUUCUGCUUCCCUCUCACUUAUGACGGGUUCAAGUUCGAGAGUUUCUCACUCAUCACUGAAAAUGGCUACGGAGGCCACCUCCUCUUCACGUUCUGGGCUGCUUCACUGCUCCUUGUUGGCUCCAUCUUCUUCCCUUUCCUUUUCCUCCAAGUCUGCUUUUUCAGGUGUUUCGUUGGGAUGGGAUAUCAGCUCCAAUUGUGCAGCAAAAACAGGAAAAAGGCAGGGUUUAGUUGUGCAGGCCAAAAAGUAUUCCCUUUGUCAGACCAAAAGGAACAGGUCAAGGAAAUCCUUGGCUAGAACCCACGGCUUUCGAAAGCGCAUGAGUACUACAAGUGGAAGAGCUGUAAUAAAGCGUCGUCGUGCAAAGGGUCGAUGGAAUCUCUGCCCAAAAACUAACCCUAGUAGUGGAAAACGUGCCUGAACAUUUAACAAGGCAUUGGCUUAGAUUGAUUUGAUUAUAGUUCUACUCAAGCAAUGGCUAUUAACAUUGGCGUAUAGUCAUUAUUAAAUUGUGUCAUUUCGAAAAUGUUGUAUUCAGUAUCUCUCUGCUCUUACAUUUUCUUUUGAUGAGUUAUGAGAUGCAUGGAAGUGAGUAGUGUUUUGAGCGUCUUUGCUGCUCACUAAAUGUCGCUUUGUCCAUCUAAAAUGUUUCCGUUGCAGAAUGACUAUGAAACUUCUACUGUUAUGAGCAACAGCUUCGGUUGACUGACUGUGGCAGGUGCAAGAUAAUUAUUUGUCAAAAUUGAGAUGCAUUAUGUAACACAAGCCUGUCAGUAUCACUGCACUUCAUUGCUUCAGUCUUGAAUGGAACUGGAGCUACAUCGCUGUUUCCACGUCCCAUCCAAUAAUAUAAGACUCGGGAAAUUUAUUGUUUAGAAGUUCUGAGCCAUUACAGUUUCAUUCCCACUGAGCUCUGUGAUACUAACACAGUAAGAAUGGUUUUAGUUUCGUAUGUAUGUUUAGUUUUGAAGGCUCAUUCGUCAAGUGCAUAAAAGCAUAUUAUUUUAUGGAUUUGGAUGUAAUGAAAUGCUACUUUGUGUUCCAUUAUUCCCUAAGUAAAGGUUUCUUGGACAUAUUUCUUUGGAGUACCUUGGACCAACCUCAGAUUGAUCGUUAGUCCAGAGGCAACUUCCUGAAAACUGACCGGAAGCUUAUGAGACGUCCAAAUUUCAAUUCAAC